AUGAAUCUGAUUUUAGUGACAAUUUGCGCAAUUCUUUUAACACAAGUAAAUGGCGAUGUUGUCUCUGGACUAGUAACAUGUGAUAAUUUCGGAGAGUUCUUUGUUGAUGGUCAGCUUGAAACUAGUACAGACACAUGGUCAGUCUCUUAUCCAGUUUCUUUUCCGGAUACAUCAUUGGUCCUGGCAUUCGAUUGUAGGGAUGUGGGUGUGAUCGGAGGAAUUCGAGGCUCUUUUACUAAUGGGGUGGUUACUGAUUCGUCAUGGAGAUGUUCAACUUCAGCCCCUGAAGGCUGGAACAAAUUAGGGUAG